GUUUUUCUUCUUCCAACCCUUGCCUGAUUAUUUAAAAAAAUCUUUUUAUUUUUAUUUUUUUUUUAUAAAUAUAGAUAGAUUCCUUUACAUUACAUAAAUCAUCCUAUGUCUACUAAGAGAGAACUUAAUCCCACAACAUGUUUUAAUUUUUCUUUCUUUAAAGAAUACAUGAAAGAAUUACGUAAAGUGGACGAUAACAUUAUUAAUAGACUUAACUCUACCUCAACGCAGUCAGAAGGAGCUUGUGCUGAUUUCUUUAAACAAAUAUCUAAUGCUUAUGCAAAGCGUGAUGAAGCUAUUGAUUAUUGCCUCAAGUUAAUGGACCAAGAUCUCGAAAAGAAGAAUAAAAAAUUAGAAGAAGACCCUGAUGAUUUCGAUGUCAAAAAUAGUAUUUUCACAAGAGAAUCUAUGCGUCAAUCGGUUUCAAAUGAGAGAUUUGUCGAAGAAAUUAUUAGAGAACGUACUUUACAAGUUUUUAAAACUAAAUGCAGAUCAUUUGAUGUUACUUCAUUAGAAAAAUAAAAU